UUUGAAAAAAGGGCGAGUUUUAAAUGUUUAGUUUUACAGUAGAAUUAAUUAAAUAAAUAUUCAGAAAAUAAGUAAUGAUAUACAAUUGUAAAUAUUUAGAAAAUUAAGAGCAUAAUCAUCCUUCUAUUUUAAUAGUAUAGAUUAGCACUCAAUUCCAAAUGUCAAAUUAACUCCAAAAGAAUCAUGUCAGAAUGGAGUGAAAAAUUACAUCUAAUAGUCAACAUCAAAUACUAUAACAAAACCAACUAAGAAAAUAGUCACUUUCAAUUUUUUUGUAACUACUGCUUAAAACUACCACGAAGCAUUAGUUAGAUAAGAUAACUAAAUCUUCCUCCCCCCCUCGAAAAGAGAAAAAAAUAAUAAGAUAACUAAAUAUUUGCAUUUAUUGGCUCAAAAUAAUUUUUUUACAUAAAUGCCACUUUCAUACGCGUAUAAAACGAGUAGGAUGACAUUAUAUCUACCAGUCAAUUUCACAUUCUUCUCCAUCACAAACCAGUCAUGUCACCUCCCACACUAGACCAACUACACACUUACCAUGCCCAAGAGAGGGUGAUAUUCUCUAAACUGGUCCUAAUGUUUUCAAGAUCACCAUCUGAAUCACUCCUUGUCAUGGCUACAUGGUUUUGGCUUGAAAACUUUGGUUUUGAAGAAAUUUUCUCAACCAUCUUUGCUCUUCCAGAUCAACUCAUUGCAUCUUUUGCUAACGAAGCUGUUUCUUGCUUUCGAUGUAUCGAGUCCGUUCAUCCCCCAAUUGGCUUCGACCAGAUCCCUCUCACUUCAAGAUAUUUACAAAAACACAUCUCACUUCCCAUGAUUUACAAAUAUCGAUACACCGCCAUUGCUGGAAUCAAAACCUUUCUAACCACCAUUUGUUCUAGAAUAUUUUCCGAUAUCCUUACACAAGUUCUUCCAUAUUCUUCACCACCAUUUUCCGUCCCCGGAUUACAGUACUCUCUGAUCAUACCUGGCUUCCCGCAUCCAACUUUCGGAAACAUCAACGUCAUGCGACCUGAUGUAGUUGAUGGGGCUAACACCUUCAACAGCAACAGCUCAUUCCUCUUCCCAAAGGGUCUUUGGGAGUGGAACGAUCACUGCAUGGAAAGUGAGAAUGACCGAACGAUGUUUAUAACGUUUUCUCGUGGCUUUCCUGUGUCGAAGGCUGAAGUUAAGGAGCUUUUCACCAACAGAUUUGGAGAAAAGUGUGUGGUAGGCGUUUACAUGCGAGAAGACUGCGUAAGUUCACCUAACAUAAUUGCGUGUAAUAAUGAUCAGCAACAACCACUGUUUGCAAAGCUGGUUUUGGACUCGGUUGUUACCGUGGAUCGCAUACUAGAAGGUGAGAAGCUCCAAAAGUUUCGGAUCAAUGGUAAACACAUUAGGGCUCGUAAAUACAACGAGAAGAAGGACAGACGUACUUGCUUCACCUAAAAGUUGAAAGAAAAUCUAAGUUUUUUUUUUUGUUUCAUCUUUAUCUUUAUGUUAUAAUUUAAUAAUCAGAAAACAUAUGUAAUGCCUUAUGCCUAUCUCUUUAAUUUGGACUUUCUCAUUAUGAAUGGAAUAUGUUUUCAAAUAAUUUAGCAUUGAAUGUCACUGCAAAUUUACUUUAAAACAAGUGUAACACAACACUAUAUUGUGCAUGAACACAUCCUCUUUUUUUUAUCGAGCUUAUGAUUCACUUUUGAUUAGGCGAUUAGUCAGAAUUUUAUCUAGUUCUAUCGACUUGAAGGAAUAAUUUCCCGAACCAUAUUGUAAUUAUAUUAUCAAAUUAAAAACAUUUUCAAAAGAAUACACUAUCAGAUUACUUUUCAAGUUAAUUUUCUUCCAAGUUUGUUAAAAAGUAUAUAAUUGUAUAUUUCAUAUAAUAGUUUUGUUUUGCGUUAGUAUUUACGUGAAAACAAUUAAAACUGCAUAAUAAAAUGUCACAAAACUAAUUAAAAUAUAUGGUAAAAUAUUAACUUGAACAUGAAUUGGCAGAUAUUUACUAAAUUCAAAUUUCUUACUCAUCUUUUAUGCAUGCACUAGUUUUUCUCCUGUUAAAAUACAUAUAUUACAAUAUAAAAUAAAUGACAUGUCAUAAUUAUUGGUAAAAGUUGAAAACUUAUCUGUUGUAACUGGUAAACAAAUAUUUUAACUAGUGGAAUAAAAAUAAAUGGAUUAACAGAAAUGAAGUAUAAAAAAUGGAGCCGGUCCAUUCCAUUUAUUCAUGAACAAAUUUGUUAUGGAAUAGUUUUUUUUUUGUAUUUAUCUAUUUAUUUAUGGAAUUUAUGAAAUGACUAUUCUAUUUUAUUCAUGGUAAACGAUAGAAGUUUUUUUGUAAUUAAUAGAAUCAAUCAUUCCAUAUCAUUUUUAAAUAAAAAAAUACAAAUAUUUGAAUUAGUGGAAUACAAAUAAACGGAUUAACAGAAAUAGAAUAUAAAAAUAGAAUCGAUCCAUUCCAUUUAUUCAUGGACAAAUUUGUUAUGAAAUCAUUUUCUUUGUAUUUAUCUAUUUAUUUAUGGAAUUGAUGAAAUGACUAUUUUAUUUUAUUCAUGGUAAACGAUCGAAACUUGUGGAAAUAAUAGAAUCAAUCAUACCAUAUCAUUUUAAUUCAAAAAAUACAAAUAUUUGAAUUAGUCUAAUAAAGAUAAAUGGAUUAACAAAAAUAGAAUAUAAAAUGGAUUCAAUCCAUUCCAUUUAUUCAUGAACAAAUUUGUUAUGAAAUCAUUUUUUUGUAUUUAUCUAUUUAUUUAUGGAAUUGAUGAAAUGACUAUUCUAUUUCAUUAAUGGUAAACAAAAGAUAAAAUUGUGAAACUAAUAGAACCAAUCAAUCCAUAUCAUUUUAAUUUAAAAAAAUACAAUUCAGUUGUAGCCAUCAUCUUCCACCAUUUGGCUUCGUAUUACUAGUAAAAUUAGUAUUGAUUGUGUGCAACACAAUUCACGGAUAAUAAAGUACAAAGAGACAAAUGUUUAACUGUUAGAGCAGAAAAAAAAAGCAAAAUUCUAGGGGAAUAACAAUUUUGAAAACAAUUGCGUCUGCCGGAAGUCGAACCCGGGUCUAUUGCUUGGAAGGCAAUUAUCCUAACCGUUGGACUACAGACGCUUGUUGGAAACCAACUCGAUUACAAUUUAUACUUUAUGAAUCCAUAUUUAUUUAGUGCUAUACAAAUUUUAAAGUUCUAAACGCUAGGCACUCAGUCGUUUGUAUAAAAACGCUAGGCAUUCAGUCGUUUGUAUACAUGCUAAUGCUGAAGGUAGCAAGCUCGAGGAAGUUGAUUAAAAGUUCUAUAUCUUGUCACGUGACAUGUAGUGUCGAUGGGCAAACCAACUCAAAUGUAAAAUUAAUUGCUAUAUUAUGUGAAAAUUACUAAUAAAAUAAUCUAAAAUUAAAUGUAAUUUAUGUUAUGAAAAUGAUUGUGGAUGACUCAUAACCAAGAGAUUAUGAUUUGUAAUUUUUUCAUUUAUCUAUGACGGUGUAAUCUCCAAUAUAACGAACUUCUAUGUUAUGAAUAAAUAUAGACUUUUCCAUUACUUUCACAACACGUUAUCAGCACGAGACUCUAAAUUCCUAAGCUAACACCCAAAUCGAAAAAACCCUAAAACCCUAACUCUAGCCGGCGAUCCGAUGAACCCUAAAACCCGAUCGCGUCUCUUGUUCCCGCAUCUGUUCCAGCUCGCGUUCCCGAUCAGCUUCAGCCCAAGGCGUUCCUAAUCCU